AUGUCGCUCCGAAGAUCUGCUCGCAAUGUCACCCCUGAGAUGAACGAAGCCCCUCCAGUUUGCAGAAGGGGAAGGCGUCCAAAUGCCAACCGAAAUGCACCACCGCCACCGGUUGACAACACUACGGAAGUUGCCAGACUACGACGACAAAAAAGAAGGCAUUCUGACAACAAGAAGUCCGACAAUGAUAAGAGGGCACGGACGGACAAUGGAGGAAAUAGGUUGGGUUAUGUAGAGUACCUGCAAUGUGCUAAGUGCCAAAAGAAACAUUCUGGUGAGUGCCGCGCAAACACCAAGGGAUGCUACAACUGUGGUCAGGAAGGGCACCGGAAGAAGGACUGUCCUCAGCUCAAGACAGAGGGGAAAAAGGAUGAUAAGAUGGUUCCACCCAGAGUUUUUGCUCUCACCCAAGGAGAAGCUGACGCUAGCAAUAAAGUAGUUACAGCUCAGAUUCUAAUUAGUGUAGAGUUCAACAAACAUGGCAGUGGCGAUGGUGAAUCGGAGAAUGGCGUGGUCGAUUUAACGAGUCAGGUACACCUGAUGGAGAAGGAAGAUGCGGAGAGGUCUGAGAGGGAGAGGAAGGAGUUCGAGGAGAGGGAGAAGGCCUGGCUCGAGGCCAUGGAUAUGAAAAGGAAGAAGAUGGAAGAAGAAGAAGAAGAAUAUGAGGAACAACGAAAGAAGGCACUGGACGAAGAGUCUCAGAAACAACAUAUGGGAUGUGAAUUUGUUAACCUAACCAGAUGGAAGGUUGCAAUAUGUGGGGAGUAUAUGAAGUCAAGGUUUAAGGCAAAAAUAAAGGUUUUGAAGUGGUAA